AUGAAGCAAUCAUUGGAACAAUUUGGUAAAUCUAUUGAAUACUUUUGUAAUCUUUAUAGCAUUCCACAACCAACCAAGCUUCAUCUCAAAACCAACAGAGAAACCAUUACAUACUUGUUCGACCUCUCCAAUGAGAUUGGAUGCCCAUUGACCAGCAUUGCACACCUCAGCACCAAUCCAGUUGAAUUGUUUUUUAGUUUAGUUCGUUCCAAAGUUCAUUACCCUUCUUACUAUGAAUUUUGCAUUUAUGAAAAAUCGGCAUACAAAGAGUUGAUUAAAUCAAAGAUUGUCCAGAACAACCGUUAUGAAGCUUCAAUAAAAAAAGUAAAUAAAUGUUAUGGUAGUCUUCAAACAAAGCUUGAUGGAAAUGUAAUAACUGAAAGUGUUGAAUUAGUAUCCAAAUACAGAGAAGAAGAGGUUAGAGUUUUCGAAAGAAUUAUUAAAAUCAUUGAACCAGAUGAAUAUGAAGAAUCUGAAGAUUCAUCAUUUCCCUUUACUGAUUCAAUGAGUGCAGAUGAAAGAAGAAGAGUAAUAACCUUAACAUUUUAUUUGAAAAGAAUACUUUCCAUUAGAGAGCUUUCAUGCUUUGGUGAACAAACCAGAUUCAAAGCCAGUGGCAGAACUGCACUUCAGUAUAAACAAGUUUUGGAAGAUCAAGAAAAAUUCAAAAAACAAUUUAAUGAUGUAUUUGAAAAAUUUGAAACACAACCUGAUCAAUCGAAAUGCAAUAUUUUCAUUUUAGAUUCUGAAACAACUGGUCUUACUUCCAAUGCAGAAAUUAUUGAACUUUCGUGUGCUUGUUUAAAUGGGGAAGCAUUUUAUCGUAAAUCAAAUCCAACCAUUUCCAUUACUCCAGAGUCUACCAAAAUCAACAAUCUCACAAGCCAUGAUUUAGCAGGUCACCAAUAUUGGGAAAAGGUUGAAGAGGAAUUUUUUAAUUUUAUUGUCCAACAAUCGUCAGAUGAUGAUGCUCCAAUUUAUAUAAUCGCUCACAAUGAAAAGUAUGACAGAGGUAGAAUUUCCUUUCAUUUAGCAAAAUCAACUAAAGCUUUAGAAUCAUCAUUCCAUAAAACCAUUAGCAGAAUUAAAUUUUUCGAUUCAAUUAACAUCUUCAAAUCAAUUAAAUUAGUGUUACCAGUGGUUUCAGAUAAAAAAAAGGAAUCAUAUUCAUUGGAUAAUCUAGCAACUUUUUUUAAAAUCAACACCGAUGGUAUCAAUCGUCAUAGCUCAAGUGGUGAUGUUUUAUUUUUAUUUGAAAUUCUUUUAUUCUUUUUUCAUAAAAAUUAUAAAGAUCCAAACAAUUUUUUAAAAUUCCUUUUCAAUUGUUUGGAAACAAAUAAAAAAAAACUUUAUGGUUUAUAUUGUUCAUUGGCCACAAAAUUUGGUUUAUUAGCUGAUGAUGAAGUUUUAGAAAAGAAAAUCAAAUCUUUCAAAACCCCAAUCCUAAACUCGGUUAUUCAAACAUUUAAAAUAGAUAUUUUGCCAAACAAAAAUGAUAACAACAAAAGGAUCUUUAAAGAGAUGGAGACAGAAAAAAAACCAAUAAUAAUUAUCAUCACCUGCCCCAUCUACACAAUUUAA